AUGAUGGAUGCUCAGUGUGUAGUUCAGCAGAAUGAUCGAAAGGAUCGGACGAUGUAUAUUCACUAUAAAGAUGAAUAUAUAUACUAUUUUGAACCAUUUUUUGAGGAUCUACCAUUUGAGGUUAUGGUUCACCUGCUCACGUUCCUCAACACCAGCGAUCGCAACGUGAUGGCUCAGGUGUGCAGAGGAUUCUACGAAGGACUGAAGCAUCCGUACUUUAUGCGCUCAACCUGUCUCCAUUUCCGCGAGAUCGAGUUUGAGGACAACAUUGAACCGAUUAGGGGAUUUCUCAAUGCGUUCCGUUACUUCCCGAACAUCAAACUCACGAAAAUCGCCUUCGGCAACCGGAGCAAUUUUUGGGCGGAGUUUGGCGAGUCGAUAGAGGAACUAUCCCUGGACAGCUGCACCAUCUGGAAGCAGAAACUUCUCUCGAUUCUGCGCUAUACCUAUCGCUUGAAACGGCUCACUAUCCAAAAUUGUCCGGAUUUGUUUCGCUCGUGGAAGCACAUAGAAAACCUGACUGUGACGUGUUGUCCCGUGUUUCCGGAGCUGACUCACAUUAGCCUAGCGGACAACAGUAAACUCGAGCAGUACCAUUUCGAUUUCAUUGUGGCCAUGGCGCCAAAUCUCGAUUCGCUAGAUGUUUCGAGAUGCUUCAAGGGAAUCGAGGCUGCGCAGCGUUUUCGCAUGCUGGGACACAUUCUGAGCUAUCUGAAAAAUCACAGCCACCAGAUCCGUCACUUUUCCGUUGGUGACACCCCCGUUGAUAAUCUAUUUUUGCGUCACCUGGCGGACAUUGAGAAUCUCCGAUUGAGCAGUUUGAGUGUGAUGGUUGGGGAGAAGAUUCCGACCACGGAAGCGGGAAUCAUUGAUUUGCUUAGACUUCAAACCAAUCUAACCUAUUUAGAUUUGUCCAAAUCGUUAGCCCUCCACGAUUCGUGUCUCAUUCAAAUAUCGAACAGUAUGCCUCUGCUGGAAACGCUAAUAUUGAAUCGCUGCUGGAUGAUCACCGAUUACGGAAUUCUGGCCAUUGCUAAACUCUCCAAAUUGAAGCAUAUUGAUUUGACAAAUUGCGAGCGAAUUACCGAUACUGGUAUUAUGGGUGGGCUACUAACUCAUAAACGGAAUAAAUUGAGCAAUCUGUAUCUUGCAUUGUUGACGAACAUCAGUGAACUGGUAUUUACUAAGAUCUCCUUUGAGCUGAACCAUUUGGCGGUGUUAGAUUUGGGUGGCUGCUCGAAUUGCAUAAAUGACCGAUCGAUUCAGUACAUUUUUUACCAUAUGAACGGACUGCAGGAGCUGAACUUGGAUUGCUGUGCUAAGCUCUCAGACGCCGGCAUGACCGGAAUAGACUUACCGGAGAGUGCGAUAGCGAUUUGGGAUUUCGAGAUGAGUUUCUCGAUCCAAGAUCUCAAACGGUUACGCUUCCUCAAUCUUUCUGGUUGCUACAAAAUCACAGACUACACAUUCAGACGUAAAUUUUGCCUUCUCGAGCUCAAGGAACUGGUGCUGGGGAGACUUCAGAUAACGGAUUACGGGGUGGAAAAAAUCGCUGUCAGUUGUCCCUCCUUGGAGAUUAUAGACUUCAGUGAAUGCUCCGAAGUGAACGAUCGGUGCGUGGAGCUACUGGCCAAAAGCUGUGUCCGACUGACAACGUUGAAGCUUCAAAACUGUCCACUAAUAUCGGAUCUCGCGAUUGAACAUCUGGUGAAAUAUUGUUCCGUGCUGAAGAUGUUGAAUAUUCGAGGCUGUUAUAACAUCACCGCCGAGGCGGAAGCGAAAUUGGUCAAGAUUCAGACGCUGAGGCAUGUGCUUGCAAAUGAGCGAGAGUAGAGCUACUUUCUUCGGUACCCUUUCGGUAGUGAACCAAACCUGAAACAAGAAAGAAAAAAUAAACACGCACCCUGAUGGUAGUCGGUAAAAGGUAGCGCAGAUGAAAGAACCUCAUAG